GUUAUGCAGCAUGAUGCAAACUAUGCACACAAAGCCCGUGUGUCCUACACUACAGAAGCCUGGAAUUUCACGCGCUGGAUCACGGAUAUGGGUCUACAUUCGAAGUUCAACGACAUCCUGCUCAAAAUCGACAUCGAAGGGGCCGAGUACGUCCUCAUCCCAGAGUUGUUCAAGUCCAGAACAAUGUGCCGCAUUACCUGGCUGACGGUCGAGUGGCAUGAGGAGCGCCACGGAUUCACACCGGACAGCAAGCAAAUCGCCAUGCGGAAGAACAUCAAAGAGGACCUGCAGAAGUUCUGUCCUGGUCAAAAGAUCAGGUACUUCGAUUGGGUGUGA